CGCGGUCUGGGUAGGGAUGGACACCCCUGCCGAGCUUUGUUAUAUUAACGCUGUAAUCAAAGUGACUCAAACAUCAAACGUGGUUUGAGCUGACUUUCCUCCAGUCACUGCACAUGGUAGUUUGCUGCAAGGUAGCACAUCUACGACCUCACAGUUGACAGUAGACGCCAGUUCAGCUACAGAUCAUGGAGAUUUCAAACCAAGGGUCAGCGACGAAUGGCGGGUCUGAGGGAUGGUCACCGGAUUCGUGGAGGUCAAAGCCUAUCAAGCAGGUUGUCACGUAUGAGGACCAGGCAGCGGUGACUUCUGCUUUGACGAAGCUUUCAAGUCUACCACCCAUUGUCACACCAACAGAGAUUGCCAGACUCAAGGCCAGUCUGCGUGAUGCCGCCCUCGGCAAAUCCUUCUUACUCCAGGGAGGCGACUGCGCCGAACUGUUCUCUUACUGCGCCGACAACCCAAUCGAUGCCAAGAUCAAACUUCUUUUACAGAUGAGUUUGGUCUUGAUUUGGGGUUCAAAUAAACCCGUCAUUCGCAUUGGCCGUAUUGCAGGACAGUAUGCAAAGCCCAGAUCAAGCCCUACUGAGAUGCUGGAUGGCAAGGAGAUCCCCAGUUUUCGAGGCGACAUCCUCAACGGUUACGAUCCAGAGGCUAGGAGAGUGGAUCCAGAGCGGCUGGUCAGCGCUUACUUCCACUCUGCGACGACACUGAAUUACAUCCGUGCACAGCUUGCAAGCGGCAUCGCUGACUUGCACAACCCAUUGGACUGGGAACUUGGCCAUGUCCGAGACGAGGAACUACAGUCAAAGUACUCGCAGAUUGUAAACAGCAUAUCUGACUCUCUUCGCUUCAUGAAGACUAUUGGUGCGGAUACUUCUGGCCAACUACAAACAGUAGAUCUCUUCACCAGCCACGAAGGUCUUGUACUAGAGUACGAACAGAGCUUAACAAGACGGCUCAAGCAUCCAGCUGGCUACACACCCUCUCAGCCGUCAAAUGAUGGUAAAGGCUGGUACAAUACUUCUGCACACUUCAUCUGGAUUGGAGACCGAACACGUCAGAUCGACGGUGGUCACGUAGAGUACUUCCGAGGUAUUGAAAACCCAAUUGGUAUCAAGGUCGGGCCGUCGAUGAAGAACGAUGAGCUAGUGGAGCUGCUCAAUAUCGUCAACCCCAAUAAAGAGAUUGGCAAGAUUACUCUAAUUACCCGCUAUGGUGCAGACAAGGUUGAGUCGAUGCUGGGUGCGCAUAUCGAGGCUGUGAAGAGCAGUGGACAUGUUGUUGUUUGGCAGUGCGACCCAAUGCACGGCAACACUCGCAGUACCCCAAUGGGCAUCAAGACCCGCUCCUUCAACAGCAUCUUCUCUGAGCUGUCGUCUGCGCUCAAGAUCCACAAGCAGCAUGAGUCUUUCCUGGGUGGCAUGCAUCUUGAGCUUACUGGUGAUGCGGUUACGGAGUGCACGGGAGGAAGUGAGGGUCUUGUAGACGAGGAUCUGAGCUUGAACUACACAACCUACUGCGAUCCUAGGUUGAACGAGAAGCAGGCUCUAGAAUUGGCGUUCCUAGUUGCAGGACAUUACCGUGCGGAUGGCCAACUACCAUAGAUCUGAAUCAUCUUUCGCGCGGUAGAAUAGCAUCAUGUAAAAAGUUUCCAGGUCAGCAAAUUCAUUUCCAAAUAUAUCUCGCAUUUAUAAC